AUGACUGCUUAUGUUCUGAGAGUUUGUAACAGCAUUAAGAAAAACUCUUGUAAGUUGACUGGUGCGAUCUCAUGUGAAGAGAUUGAAUGUGCAGAAAACACUCUUAAAAAAUCAUACAGUAUGAAUGGCCUUCUGACAUACGUGAGAAACGACCCCAACGAAUUGAAACCCCUUACGCCUGCUCACUUCAUUCAAGACUCAAAAGAACGUGAAACUUUCGAUCUAGAUUUAAUCGACUCUCAGCAUUUUUUGAAACGAGUGCGUUACCUUCACAGUUUACGACUAAAUUUACGAAAGCGUUUCUAUAGGGAAUAUCUUGGCGAAUUGGUAAGAAGUCAUAAGACAGCUUCAAAGAGAAAGGCUAUUACUCCGGGAGAAAUUGUUCUAGUUGAGUCACAAAAUCCAAACCGAAUGAAUUGGCCUUUGGCUAGAGUAAUUGAACUGUUUCCUGGCAAGGAUAAUGUUCAACGGGUGGCUAAAUUAAGGGUAGCCAGUGGUGAAAUCAUAAGACCCCUUCAACGAAUUUAUCCUUUGGAACUUAGUUCCAUUGACAACAUGAAUGAAGAUUACCAGGAAACCAGAACAAAGCCUGAUCAUGAGCCUAGUAUUGCACAUAUUCUGGAAGAAUUGAAAACUCCAGAACCAAAACUUGGUAAUGCCGAUAUUCAAGAGGAAGCAAGAACAACUCGAUGUGGACGUCGAAUCGUACCAGUGAAACGAAUGAACUUGUGA